AUGAUCUACUACAGCAAAUACUAUAGCCAUAGCCUGAGCUAUGGCUAUAGUGGCUUUGGUGGACUGGGGUAUGGCUAUGGUUGUGGAUGUGGCAGCUUCUGCAGACUGGGCUAUGUCUGUGGCUUCAGAGGCUAUGGCUGUGACUCUGGUUAUGGAAGCUUUGGAUAUGGCUGCCAUCGCUACCCAUUCUUCUAUGGAUGA